GGGCUGUCAGAUGCGAUUUGGAGUAACAAGUGGAUUUGACGUUUAAGGUUUUUCUCACCAUCGCGCUUGGAAACACUCUCGAUCCCCGUGCUGGACCAGGACCAUGGACUCAGAUACGAGCCGCGUGUCCAGCAGACCCUCCUCUCCAGAAGUGGACGACCUCUUCGCUCAUCACUUGGCCACCCUCAAGAAGUCCGUGCAGGGUUUCUCCGGUACCGUGUCGUCCACGCAGAGCGACCUGUCCGACAUCCCGGGCCUGCGAGGCCUCUCCGGUCUCUCUGGUCUCUCCGGUCUCUCCGGUCUCUCGGGUCUCUCGGGUCUCUCCGCAGAGGACGAGGAGUCCCUCGCCCUCCGGCUGUCCAAGAAGGACCGCAAGCUGCUGUCAGAGAACGAGCUGCAGACCAUCCGCCUCAAGAUCAACUCCCGCGAGAGGAAGAGGAUGCACGACCUGAACGUGGCCAUGGACGGGCUGCGCGAGGUCAUGCCCUACGCGCACGGACCGUCGGUGCGCAAACUGUCCAAGAUAGCAACGCUGCUGCUCGCGAGAAACUACAUCCUGAUGCUGAGCAACUCUCUGGAGGAGAUGAAGCGGCUGGUGAGUGAGAUCUACGGCAGCGGAGGACACCACGGACACGGCGGCUUCCACCCGGCGGCCUGCGGGACCAUGACGCACGCGGGGCCCGUGCCGGUCUCCCACGCCGCGCACCCGGCGCACCCGCACCCGCACCCGGGACACCCAGCGGUGCACCACCCGCUGCUCCCGCCGGCCGUCUCCGUCUCCACCGCGUCUCUGUCCGCUCCGGGCAUCUCCGCGGUCACCUCGGUUAGACCGCAUCAUCACCAUCACGGACUCCUCAAAGCGCCCGGUGCCGGUUCCGGAGCCGGUCCGCUUGGCAGCAGCUUCCAGCACUGGGCCGUCGGCGGCGGCGGAAUGCCGUGUCCGUGCAGCAUGUGCACGGUCCCGCCUCCGCAUGUCACCAGCAUGAGCGCCGUCACCAUGCCGAGGCUCACCAGCGAAAAAUGACUCCAAAAACUGAACGGAGACGAACUCUUUGGGGGUAACUUGUUGUUACAGACUCUCUCUCCUCACCAUUAUUACUCUGUUUUAUUUAUCUGUGUUGCUGAAUCCGUUGAGUCGACGGCUCCAGUAUAAAGAACAUUGGUUUUCCCUCACUGGGACUCUGGGGGGUUUUUUUUGCAACUAACUUAGUGUUUUAUGGUUAUUAACCUCAGUUGUAUAACAGGUGUCUCUUAAAGCACAACUUUACUGGAAACAUUUGACGGCCCCAGACAUCUGUGUGUGUGUCUACAAUUACUUAAUUGAAUCCUUUCUGUGGGCCUGCAAUGGGGGGAAAGGUCACAAAUCAAAACCACAGAUAUAUAGAGUGUAAAUAUGUAGAUGGAUUAUUCAUAUAUUAGAGUCUCGUUAAUGUGUUGGAUAAGACACCCCCCCCCCUCCCCAACCCUUCAACCUGUUGCACCUGCUUUAUUCUCUCCGUCUUAUUCAACUGCUUCUCUCCUUAUUUUCUCUCUCUCUCUCUCUCUCUCUCUCUCCCCCCAGUAGACUGUCAUUCUCUGUCCGACGCAAACAAUGACUACUUGUUUAUUUUUUUAAUAAAAAAAUGAAAUAUUUAUUUACUUAUUUUGGACGGGAAUUUCAGAUAACUUUCUGAUUUAUGUUGGAAGUUUGAAAUGUAAAAUAAAGACGAUUAAUUGAAAAA